GGAAAGGAGAGAGAAAAAAUGAGUCCAAAAAGAAGAGAAGAGCAAUAAGCCGGCUUGAAGUGAAUCUCAAAGAAAUUCAAAGUUAAAAUAAUAACUUAACUUUACUAAUCUCUUCUCUUCCGUUUCAGGAGUGGACAAGGUUGAAACUUGAAAGGAACCCUAAUAAACAUAUUGUGAUCUUCGAAGCAACAAUAAUAAAGAGCAGAGUAGAGAAGUGAAAAACAAUUUUACAGAACCCACUCGGCCCCAAAUAAAAAACAAAAUGUCGUCUUCCAACUCCAAAACCAAAACCCCUUCUUCACUCUCACUCUGCAACUCUAAGCCUCAGCCUCAGGAAGGUAACAUGGCAUUGGAAUCCCAACCGCAGAAGAACAAGUAUGGACACGGGGUGUUUGGAGACGUCUACAGCAUCAUCAAAGAGAUGGAGAUUGAUCAUCAUAACAACUCUACCUUUGAUUUUCAAUUUCCCCCAAUUACAAAUUUUCUUGGCUCUAGAGAGGUUCGGGAGUUUAUUAGCGGGGCCCUUUCAGGGGCAAUGACAAAGGCUAUACUUGCUCCUCUUGAGACCAUCAGGACAAGAAUGGUAGUUGGUGUUGGGUCAAAAAAUAUUGCUGGUAGUUUCAUAGAGGUUAUAGAGCAGCAGGGAUGGCAAGGACUGUGGGCUGGAAACAUGAUCAAUAUGCUUCGUAUAGUUCCAACACAGGCCAUUGAGCUAGGCACAUUUGAGUGUGUCAAACGGGCUAUGACAUCCCUGCAUGAGAAAUGGGAAAGCAAUGAAUACCCCAAGUUGCAUAUAGGUCCCAUCAAUUUCAACUUAUCUUUAUCUUGGAUUUCACCAGUUGCCAUCGCCGGUGCAGCUGCUGGAAUUGCUAGCACUCUUGUAUGCCAUCCCCUUGAAGUUUUGAAGGACCGGUUAACUGUAAGUCCUGAAACUUACCCUAGUUUAGGCAUUGCGAUUAGAAAUAUUUAUAAAGACGGAGGUGUUGGCGCUUUUUAUGCUGGUAUCUCACCAACUCUGGUUGGCAUGCUUCCAUACAGUACAUGUUUUUAUUUCAUGUAUGAUACAAUAAAGGAAUCUUACUGCCGGACCAAAAGUAAGAAAUCUCUAAGCCGUCCAGAGAUGCUUUUGAUUGGAGCUCUUGCAGGUUUUACUGCCAGUACAAUUAGCUUCCCCUUGGAGGUAGCAAGGAAGCGCCUGAUGGUGGGUGCUUUGCAAGGUAAGUGCCCGCCAAACAUGGCAGCGGCACUUUCAGAAGUUAUUAGAGAAGAAGGUCUGAAGGGUCUCUACAGAGGAUGGGGUGCAAGCUGUUUGAAGGUCAUGCCAUCCUCUGGUAUCACCUGGAUGUUUUAUGAAGCUUGGAAAGACAUAUUGCUUGUCCAGAAUGGUAAUCCCCUUUAGGCUAAUAAGAAGGUUAUGCGGAUAACUUGUACUCUAUAAGAAGGAAUGGUAAAACACAAUGCCGGGUAAGGAAAAAUAAUUAUUCGGAAAUUAAAGUUGUUUUGCCAUGGCAGCCAGCUGGCUAGCUCGUUGGAAUAGUCACAUUUACUAACGAGUUAGGUACCUAGCUUGUAAGUUUCCAGAUUUUGAUAUUGAUUUGGGAAGAUUCUCAUCGAAGAAAAAGGUUAAAGAAUGAGGAGAAGUUUCCUAUGUUCAUUCAUUGUUUCUUUCCAUUCCAUCACAACGUUUAUAUGUUAUCAAAUUGUUUCGGUCGAGUUAACCAA